UUACUCCACCGAGUUGCAGAAAUUACAUUUUCCCUGUCCCUUUGAAGUCCAGAGUUGAUACAAAAGUUAACGUGAAGCAAUUUUCAGAUUUUAUUCCACAAUUAAAUUAUCUGUAAACAUAGUAACUGCAUAGUACAUUGGCUGCAGCUUCCUAAUGCCCACUUAUGAACAAGCCAAAAAUUAUAACUGGGCAUUGUUUGAUUUCCUCCUGGAUUCAAUGAAAUAAGAUUUAGUGUUAAACAUGGCCUUUAGAAAUACUUCCAUUCUCUAAUUUUAACACAUUGCAUGUUCUUUCUUACAUUGAGAAAGAUUGUGUUGGAGUGUGACCAGAAGGUGGAAAAGAUGAAACGCUUGGAGGAACUGAUCCGCCUGGAAACGCUGAUGGACUUUGAUGACAUUAAGUUGGUUCCUCUGGUGAAAAGCACACGCUUUCUGGUCCUCCACGGACCCCUGGACACUGUGGUGACCUAUGGGUCAAAACUGUCGACAGUCAGGAUCUACCUCCACCUCUUCAAUGACCUCUUGAUCAUCUCCUCAAAAAAGUAUGAACGCUUCGCUGUGCUGGAUUAUGCCGUCUUCCCUGAACAUGUAACUGUGUUGGCGAAUAAAGUUCUGGGACUUCCUGUGGAUUCUUUCCUAUUAAAUCUGUCUCAGAGUCAGAUAGGACCGCCGACUGCCAUUAUAUUGAUUGCAAGUAAAAGCUUUGAGAAAGAAGUAUGGAUAAAAGCACUUUCUAACAAGUGAUGGCUGGAUUUGGAUCAUUUUUUAAAUGGGGGGGGUGGGAUGCAUCUUGUUGGUUAUUUGGGAUUUUUUUAUUCUUUGGACUUGGUUCUUUCACAUCAGUGCACAUUUUAAUUAUUGGCUCAUGGCACUCUUGGAGAAAUGUUCAACAUAAUGUUGGGAGUAUAAAGGUGUCACCAUUUCAUUGGGGUUUAACUUUAAUGUAUUUUAUAAAUAAAACAUUUUAUGAGCUGGG